CACGGACUCCGAGCUUGUUUGGUACAGAGCCAUCAAAUCGGGUGACACACUGAUAUAAAACAUGUACUCUUAGAAGUAGAAGGCAGGCAGUCAAACUUGUGGUUGUGGUUAUGAAAUAUAAUUAUCAAUUACCAUACCACACAAAUAUUUUCUACCUGUAAAGCAUGUGAAUUAUUUUUAUUUUUAUGCAUAGUCAUGUACGCAUUUUUAAUACUCCUAGAAGCUAUUACAGAUAGUCCUUACUGCAAUAUUUUGUACUAAUUACUUUAGUAAUUACACUCUAUCAUAUAGUCGCUGCAAUUCUGCAGGACUAUUUUUCGCAUGAGAGUCGUGAGGCCCUUAAAAUGACGACUAGGGGCGGAUGGGGGAGUUAGAGUGCGAAGACUUGGAGACAGGAGGAGCGGGCUGAGGUUGAGCGAGCCAGUUGUAAGCACAAUUUCUUACCUCUCCUCCAGCUGAGGUAGGAAAUUGAAAUUAUUCAUUCAGCAAGGAAUCACAGCCUGGUCGUUUGUAUACAUUGUUGUUUAUACACAUUGAUAUUUACUGAUUUAAAAACAUUCAUUGACGUGGAUAGCAAAUAAGUGGACCAGACACCAGACAAAGAGAAAAAUUGACUACGAUACGACCGGAUGAAAUAGCUUACCAGAAGUUGGCACAUUAAUACUUGCAAAUUCUGAAAGAUGGGGAAGAAGAAAAGCAAGAGGAAGCCCCCAGCAAAGGUCAAGUCCAUCGAACCUCUCGAGACGCAGUUUAAUUGCCCGUUCUGCAACCACGAGAAAAGUUGUGAAACUAGAAACACUGGAAGGAUAACGUGCCGAGUUUGUAUGGAAUGUUUUCAAACACAAAUUAAUUAUUUGUCUGAACCCAUCGAUGUUUACAAUGAUUGGAUCGAUGCUUGUGAGACUGCUAAUUAACUAACUUCUCGUCGUAAUUUAAAGUGUCCAAUAAUUUAAAUGUAUUAUUUUUCCUUUAUUAUUUUUCGUUGAAUAAUGAACGUCUGAAAUAAAUCAUCAACAUUCUUAAUAAAACAAAUAUGCUCACUACUAAA